AUGAAUGGAAUUCCACUCGGCAUCUCCUUCCCCCAUCUCCGUGAGCUGGGCAUCUGCAGCGUCGUCAUGGAGGCCGGGGACAUCGACUUUGUCGUCGCCAAGAGCCCCGUCCUGGAGACCCUCAACAUCCAUGGAUGCAACAAGGGGCUGCGCCUUCGCCUCGUCAGCCAGAGCCUCCGGUGCGUCCAAGUUUGCAGCUCUUUUCUGGAGGACAUUGCCGUGGUGAAGGCUCCUCGCCUCGAGCGGCUCAUCCUGGAGGGCUUUCGGAGCAACGCCGGUGGCUUGUGCACCAGAGUCAGGAUUGGCGACGCUCCCAAGCUACACGCAUUAGGAAUCUUGGAGCCAGGGAGCACCAUACUAGAGAUCCGAGACACCAUCGUCAUGGCGAGCCCAAGCACCAUGGCCACCGGCAUCAAGGUCCUGAGUCUGAAUGUGCGUUUCGGAAACCACACGGAUGCCAAGAUGGUUCCCUCCUUCCUCGGAUGCUUUCCCAAUUUGGAGGCACUCCACAUUAUUUCUGAAAAAUGUGAUCAUCAAGCUGGCAGUGCCAGGAUGAACCUCAACUUCUGGAAGCAGGCCAAGCCCACCGAAAGCGUCAAGUCGUGUAUCAAGGUGUUCUCUUACAGAGAAUUCCGAGGGGAGCUUGGGGAGGUUUCCUUCCUCAAGUUCUUCUUCCGGAACACGAGGGUGCUGAGGACUGCGUCCAUCUCCAUGGCUAACCAGAGCUUCACGACAUUCUCGAUGGAUGAGGCGACUCGUAAAGCGCAGGAAGCUUCUAACAACAUGGCCAGCAGGUCCUGCGAAAUGGUGCUUCUCGGGAGCACAGGUCCUGAAGGAGGUAGCCCCUGGAGCUUCAAGAGAGGGACGGUUUACUCCUUUGAUGACCCUUUCUCAGCGGUGCAGAUCCGCAACAUAGCUUAAUAUCUGUAUUUGCUUCUUUUGGUACCUGAUUUUGGUGGUACUUACAUUGCAGACUUUGUGUUAAAUUCGUUGUCUGAUCUUUGAUGAGAAUCAGAAAUACUAUGGACUGAUGAUAGCUUGGUUGCCUCUUUCCUGUAGUAUAUGCUCCUUGCAACUUUUUGAUUGUGGCAGCAUGUUUUAACUGUAUUUUGUGGAUCAUGUCGUCCUGAUCGCCAUGCAGAUCAAUUAUCAUCAGAACUCUAUGGUCUUUAGGCAUGUAUUGUUUUGAUUAUAUAUGUCCUUGAACUUCA